UAAAAUGAACUUUGAUUCCAAUGUUUAUUUAUUAGACUUGUGUAAUAAUUAGGGUAAUUUGGACCACAAUGGCUGAAUGCAAGAAAGAACACGGGUAUUGCGGGAAGGCUGUUUCGUUGAUUCAGUGAUUCAUGUGGAUGUCAAGGACUACUAUGGGAAGACCCUGAAGAAAACGUCUGACCUGAAGAGUAAUGCCUGCUUAGCCCCGUCUCAGCCCAUCCCAGCCUUCAUCCUCAAGGCUCUGAAGAAGAUCCAUCCUGAAGUCACAGCCAAAAGGGCAAUUGCUGAACACAACACUUUGUGGUGCUUGUUUACAGUGCCUCUUGAGGUUGAUAGAAAGUACGUGGACCACCACACGCAGGAGUUUGGAUACGAGAAGCCCAACGUGGACUUUGUUCAGGGCUACAUCGAAGCUCUAAAGGAGGCUGGACUCAAGGAGGACUCCUUCGAUAUCAUCAUAUCCAACUGUGUGGUGAAUUUGUCCCCAGACAAGAGAAAAGUAUUGAGUGAUGCUUACCGCGUGCUGAAGCAUGGAGGAGAGCUGUACUUCAGUGAUGUCUAUAGUAGCAGUAAGCUCUCCGAUGAGAUCAAGAAUCACAAAGUCCUGUGGGGGGAGUGUUUAGGCGGAGCGCUUUGGUGGGAGGACCUKGUGCGAUUGGCUCAGGAGGUGGGAUUCAGCCCCCCGCGAUUGGUCACGGCCAACGUCAUCACCGUGGACAACAUGGAACUGGAGGCCGUCCUAGGUGACUACAAGUUUGUCUCUGCCACCUACCGUCUCUUCAAGAUCCCCAAAAUCUCUAAUAAGGGCUCUCUGGUCAUAUACAAUGGCAACAUCACUGGUUUUGAGGAGAGUCUGGAGUUUGACGCUCAGUACACAUUCAAGGUGGAUGAGGUAGUGGAGGUGGAUGGAGAGGUGGCCAGCAUCCUCAGCCACUCCAGGUUUGCUGAGGAGUUCACUUUCCAACCGCCCGGGGUACCUGCUGGAUGUAGUGUAAAGAAACCCAAGGUGGGCACGGUGAAUCCCUUUGAACUGGUGCUGCAGCUGGGGAGUGCAACUGUCUCUUCUGCCACAGGGGGGUGCUGUGGUGCAGAGUCAUCCUGUUGCAAGUGAUGGGGGUAGCCAAGAUAUGAGAGAGACACAGAGAAUGAUUAUACUGUGUAUGAAUGAACAAUAAUUGUAAUUCAUGUCAAACUAUGGAUUUCUGUCAAGCCUUAAGUUAGGCUCAUGUGUUAAUUGUUUAACUGUGUGAAUAUUAUCAUAAUCCAAACACA